AUGUUUGAACAUUUAACCAAAAAUAUAACAAGUUCUAUAUGCAUAUCAGAUGAUGAAUUAGCAUUAAAUAUAGAAUCAAUAUCAGAUAAUUCAAAUAAAAAUAAUGCAGAAUCAUCAUCAGAUAAUCCAAAUAAAAAUAUUGCAGAAGAUUCAGACCCAAAUA